AUGGUUUCGAACCUUUUUAUAAAACUGUUUAAACUCGAAUACUACUUUGACAAACCACUACGAAUAUUUGAAUUGCCAUAUUCAGAACUAAUAGGACGGACGUACUCGAGAUUACCUGUUAUCCGAUUUCCCCUAUACUGCUUAAUAAUGUUAUUAAUUUUUACACUGUUGAUUGUAGGCCAAAAAAUAUGUGCUCAUAUUCAUGGAGUGUUGCCAUACCUCUUUAUCGAAGAUCACUCAAUCGCCUCUUGUGUGGACGGAGCCGAACUACGAAACAACUUGAGAACCCUUGUUAGGCGGAUUGAAACGGUUCUCUCCUCUAGGUCUAUUUAUGGCUUUCGUGACAGCGACUCCACCUUCCUAAAGAUUUACCUAACGGAUCCAGCAGAUGUUCCAAUUCUUGCUGAGUUACUUCUUUCUGGGUCCGCCUUAGGUUUCCCGGUUCAGCCUCUUGAAGUUCACAUUCCCUAUCUCCUUCAAUUUUGCGCGGAUUACAACCUUCAAGGUAUGAAUUAUCUAGAGGCAACUGCUUUUCGAGUACGAGACAUCAAAACUCGAAAGAUCUUAUCCAACAACGAUUCUAGUAAUCCACUGACGUUCAUCAUGUCUCAAGACGGAUCGCUUGGUCGGCGCUCUAGUGCCCAACGGCAAACCAGUACUGAUGUGGAAGUUGAUAUUUCUGCUUGCGACAUUCUUAAUCGGUUGGAGCUGCAAGAAGAUGCGGAGAGUCUGAACGCGGGAUUGGAUUUCCUCUGGACUGAGGAGCGCAUGCGAAGGGAGGCGUUGAUGAAGACCGGAGUCAUCAAUGAAACCUUUAUGGAGAUGCCUACUGUGGAUGAGCUUCUUCCAUUAUCCAACAGACCAGGCGCGGUUCCAGUGGCCAACGAAUUGGAUCAAAUAGGAGAUUUUAACCGUCUAGUUCAAGAACUCUCUUCCAGCCAACUGGAGGGCGGUCAGUAUAUUGAGAACACUCAGAGACAGUCACUUGGACUCUCUCAACGGACGCUUAAUGACCUCUGUAAAUUGGCGGAAGCGUCGGAAGAAUAUGAUGCUCGCCUUCCUUCCUCCUUCGCUUCUUCGCUUUCUGCUUUCCUAAAUGCCAGUCACUCAGUCCCAAAGGCAACAUCUGAGUGGUUACCUUCGGUGCACCAAUCACAAUCCGAGGAUGACUCAGGGGCAGCGCUUUUGGAUAGCGCAAAGGCCUCUGUCUCAACCUUGCUCUAUCCUGAUGAGGUCAAUGGAAUUGAUGGGAAUGGUAUGGUUGAAAAUGCGGAGGAACAACAGGAUGACGACCUCUUUGCGUCCAUUCUUGAGUCUUCCGUCACCUCGGAGCCCGAGAACGGGAAAGAGGGGCACAGUGAAAAUGAGGAUCUUUUUCCAUCCUUUAUCGAGAAUCUGGUAGAAAACUCCACUGAAUCUGAAUCGACUUCAGCAACGGCGCGAGUAUCUACCUCCUUUCACCUGCCCCAAGUUGAUGGUGUUGAUGACCUACGGGAUAAACAAGUCCACCAGAGACCUCGCAAACGGCGUCUAGGACUUCGUUUGACACCUGGACAUCUAGCCACUCCCGAAACUAUAUACUCAUCAUUUGGCGCAGGCGACACCGCUUUGAGCGCUCCUCUUUCUGCAUCUAUCGCUAAUACUCCCGAAGUAAACUUGAGUACUCCACCUUCUCCUCUUCCGCCUCCAAAAUUUUCCACUCCUCUUCGCGAACGACGCGGUGACAUGACUUACAUCUUCGAUAACGACGAUUCCAAGACAGAAGAGGAUAUUGACUCCUCUUUAGUGUUAAGGUUUCCUCCUGAAGCGACGCAAGUCUUGGAGGAAGAGGAAGAAAAAGGAGAAAAGUUAAUCGAACCUCUCCCCUGUCAUCUGGGCGAUACUGACUUCGCCCUUCAUUCCUCCGUUUACCUCACCCUGCGCGAUCCACCUGCCCCACCCUCUUACUCCCAAGUGGAGGCAGAAAUGAGACUACGUGAGGCAGAUCCUCCUCAACCAACUACAGUGUCUCCUCCGUCGGUUGAUAAGCGCGAAAUCGAUCUGUCGACCUCGUUGAGUAUUAUCUGGUCUCAGGAGCAACAGCAGAAGCGGAUGGGGUCGUGUUCCAGCAAUGCAAGAGAGGACCAUUGCACUCUGGCGUCCCUAGAAGUCCUUUGCCACACCCGUCGUCAAACUGGAGCCCCCACCACCAUUCAACGCACCAGUCAUGCUAUUUCAAUCUCUAGCCUGGGUGGAUUCUUUGCUCCUGACCCUCAAUUUGACCGCAUUGUGGCGGCCUCGCUCGCAUUCUCGUCAUUCUCUGCCUCCCCAACUUUCCUUCUUGUUAUCGUGGAGCCUCAAAAGCCCCCACUCCCUCCUCCCAUUCCUCACCAGCGGUCAACACCUCCGGCACUGAUUAUCUGCAACACUGAGAUCGACCUAUUCAACUGGAUUGUCUACUUAGUCCAGAGUUUCGACCCAGAUAUCUUGCUUGGUUACGAUGUGGAACGCUGGUCGUGGAACUAUGCAGUUCAACGAGCUGCAAGAAUUGGACGUGUAGGAUUUCUUCGUGACAUCUCGCGGCUUGCUCCGGAGCGCUUAAAUUGCCCGUCUUGUCUUGACUGCAUGUCGAAAUGUUCGGGCCUCCUGCCUGGUGAUCGUCUCGUCACCUCGAGUGUCUCCUCUUCAUGCUCUUGUGACUCGCGCACCCGAAGCUCCUUUUCCGCAUGGCCCUGCGAGCCGGGCCGCGGGCGCUCCGAUGCUCCUUUCGCCUGCCCUGGCCGCCUAGUUUUUUCUCUCUGGCAUCUCCUCAAACAUGAGGUCAGUCUUCAUGAGUACUCCUUCGAAACGGUGGUUCUUCACGUUCUGAAGAAGCGCAUGCCAAAGUUCACCCAAGGUCAGCUCUCCGAUUGGAUGGACGACGUGCGCAGUACCACUAGAUGGCAGGCUCUGUUGCACGUGAAUAUGCGUUCCGAGACUAACUUGACUCUUCUUAAACGUCUUGACCUCAUCGCUCGCACCAGCGAGUUCGCUCGUGUCUUUGGUAUUGAGUUCUUUCAUGUCCUCUCCCGUGGCUCCCAGUAUCGAGUAGAGUCACUACUACUGCGCACCGCGCGUCGCCUCAACUUCCUCCUGCCCUCACCCAGUCCUCCUCAGCGGGCCCACCAAAGGGCACCCCAGGCCAUCCCUCUCACCUUGGAGCCGUAUAGCGGUCUCCAUGCCGACGCACCGGUCGUGGUGCUUGACUUUCAGUCCCUCUACCCCUCCGUCGCCAUUGCGCACAACUAUUGCUUCUCCACGGCGGUGGGACGUCUACGUGUUCUUCAGCCUGAUGAAACAUUCGAAUUUGGCUGUCUCACUCAUUCCAUCUCAGCGAAAACAUUAAAGAAACUAGCCAAUCGGGUGACAGUAUCGCCCAACGGGGUGGUUUUCGUGCGACCGGAGGUCUAUCGUGGCGUGUUGCCUCGACUUUGGCGGGGUCUGCUCUCCUCCCGAUUGAUGGUGAAGGACUCCCUCAAAAUCUACGCCCAACACUCCGAGUCCCUGAAACAACUGUUGGACGCUCGUCAACUGGGCCUAAAACUCAUCGCCAACGUGAUGUACGGCUACACCGCGGCCAGCUUCUCCGGUCGAAUGCCGUGUGUAGAGGGUGAUGCAGCUUGUCAAAUGCCCUGGACGGGGUCAAAAGUCAUCUACGGUGACACCGAUAGCCUCUUUGUCAAGUUGCCGCCUUCCGUUGACAAGGAAACUGCUUUUAAACUAGGCCAACAGAUUGCUGACGCUGUCACUGCGUCCAAUCCCGCACCAAUUAAAUUAAAGUUGGAGAAGGUAUACUACCCAUGUGUAUUGGAAACCAAGAAACGCUAUGUUGGCUAUGCCUACGAAUCACCAAGUCAAACCGAGCCCAAAUUCGAUGCUAAAGGCAUUGAAACAGUGCGCCGCGAUCACGCACCCUUUGUUGGAACGAUUUUGGAAUCAGCAAUUCGUCAAAUCUUUGAUGCCUUUCAAUGGAACAAUGACCCCUUGGAUGUGUUGCCCAAAGUGGAGCCAAAAGUGCGGGAAUGCGUGCGCACGCUAGCGCGUGAUUUGAAUGCAGGGAAGGUGCCUCUCUCCGCGUGCCUUCUGACCCGUCCAUACCGCGGUCCCGAGGCUUAUCGACCUGGGGUUUGCGCACCCGCCCUUCAGGUUGCCAGACGCCUAAAGUCCGUCGACCCAGCCCGAGAGCCCAGUAUCGGUGAACGCGUCGCCUACUACCUCACCUCACCCCCCACUCCCAACUCUCCUUUGAUUGGCUGCGUCAAAGCCGCAGAGGAAGCCCAACACUACGAUAUUCAGCCACCGCUCCAUCUGGUCUUCUACCUCGAACAUCAACUUCUUCCACCCCUUCGUCGAGUCGGUGACCUCCUUGGUUGGCGGGUUGACUCGUGGUUGUCCGAUAUUCCACGCCGCGUAGUCCGUUUCAAAGAGAUGGAGAAAGUGGACGGUUUAAUACAACAUGAAUCUCCAGGUUCACGACGUGGACGUAGGCGAUGGGUUGGCCAACAAGGCGCGUCUGCCAUGAUGCACGAGUUUCUGAGCCUGCGACGCUGUUGCCUUGCGUGCGGUGGGGAUAGCGGAGUGGCUAAAGGCUCGAUUUGCUGUGCCUCAUGUCUAUCCCUGGACCCGCUUAUCUCUACGAAGGUACUCGUGCGGCAUGGCAUCGAGCUAAAGAUGGUCCAGGUAAACCUGCAACAGUCCAUGGACUUGUGCGACGCCUGUGUGAAGGUCUCCAACUGCAGCAAUCGGCGUCAACCAUGUGGAAUACGUUCUACACCCUCACCUUCACAGGCGUGCGUCAACAUUGACUGUCCGAACCUCCAAUCUCGGCAGAGAUUGCUCGUCCACCUUCGGCGUUUGCAACGCGCCAUCACUGAAGUCUUCCAUGAUUGA